GGAGCGCGGCUCGGAGCUGUGAGGCUCAGUCUGACAAAAAUCACUUUAGGAGUAACGAGGAUUUAAACAUUUUAAAAAUGGAAAAGAAUCGUAGAAAACCCAGACACCCUGAAGAACUCGAGCAGGUUCAACUCCCACAAUCCAGGAGGAGGAGGAGGAGCUGAGGUUAGGAUAAUGGGGGGGGCUUAAAUAAAGUGGAUCCUGUGUGUCCUGGAGUGACCUCUGACCCCUGUGGCCAUGUGACCAUUCUAGUCCAAUAAGAGGAUUAUCUGCUCGCUCUGGGACUGAGGACUUCACAAACAUGGACCUGGUCUGGACCUGGACUCUGGUCUUUGGGCUCCUGCUCGGUCUCUGUGAGUCCAGACCCGAGACCGGCUCUACACCUGCGCUCCAGGUUAGCUCCACAGCGCCCCCUUCAGACCAGAGCCAGUACCACAGACUGCCUGGACUCUGUCGCCGCCUCAAACGCCGAAGGAUCACAGUCAUGUGUAACAUGGAGAAGUUCUGCUGGCCCCAUCAGGACCAGACCAGGUCUUGGUCCAGGUCCGGUCUCAGGUCUGGUCUCCGGUCUGGCCUCAGGUCUUGGUCCAGGUCUGGGCAGGUGUGUCCCUGUCCCAGAGGUCUCAGGUGUUCACACUACUUCAUCCACAGUUUGUGACAGAAGCUCCUUUAAUCCUUUACUACAACUAUUACUGCUACUACUACUACUAGUAGUACUAGUAGUACUAGUAGUACUACUACUAGUA